GUUGUCGGCAUAUGAGUUCAGAUAAGUCAUCAAACUCUCUUCACUACCUCCACUUUCAAGUUACUUCGCUCUACCCGAUUGCAAAAUGUCCAAGCCUGUCCUGUACGUCUUCGGAGGCUCUGUUUGGUCUGCAGCCGCUGAGCUUGCUGCCGCGGAGCUUUUCCCAGACGGUGAUAUCGAAUACAAGACCAUCAACCUCAUGGAAGGAGAAAACUUUGCACCUUCCUUCAUCAAAAAGAAUCCUAACGCCACGCUACCUACUCUUGAAGCUGAGGGUCAAGCCUACACAUCUACAGCCGAAGUCACAUCUUACUUCGUGAAGAAAUCAUCGACCAAAGUGAAGGCUGCCAAUCCCGAGUUCAUCGAGAUACUCCAUGCAGAUAAGAUUGACCCCAACUUCGCCUUGUUUCUUUUCCGAGACGAUGAAGAACACAAGGCAAAGUCUGAAUUGGGUCAAGGUUUCCUCGGUGGACGUCAAGCCGCUCUUAGGAAAUAUUCCGUUCAUCCCGAAGCGGAACCGCACAAAGCGUUCUAUGACGAAAAGAUCGCGUCUAACGGUGCCUUCCUAGCGCUCUAUCAAGGCAAAGCAUCCAAGGACGAAUUCUUCGCGCAAUCUCAUACCCACUUUCACAAUAUCGCGACGUUCUUCAAAGAAUCUCUUGUUUCUUACCUUCCUGAGAAUGGGUUCAUAGGUGGGGAAAUACCUGGCGAAGAUGAUUAUCAUCUGGGUGCAUGGCUUACGAGGAUUGCUGCAGCUCUGGGUGCAAAGAACAAGGAUGAAGCAAUUCCCGCUUUUGAAAAAGGGUUUGGAGCGCCAAUCCCUGGUCAAGUUGUCUCGUAUUGGCGGGCUUGGACCGAGAGACCGAGUUGGAUCAAAGUGUAUCCAGAACUACACUAGAUGUUAAGAUUGAGAUUCUCCACUACGAUACAGGCCGCUUUUCCUUU